AUCGAUUAUUUCAAAAGGCAAAUAACCUUUAAAAAAUACUCGAAAUUAAUAUGUACGGAUUAACAGAGCAUUUUCUCCUUUCAAAAUGGCGGCUUCCAUAGAUUUACUUUGUUUAUCAUCAACUGAAAAUGCAUUUCAAUAUUUGGCUGAAUUAUAUAGGGAUGUUGAGAAGAAGAUAAAAGCAACUGAAUAUGAUUGUUUCCAGUUGCAGCUUCUCUUCAAGCCAUGGCCUAGCAAUGGUAAAGAUUCAUUUGACGAAAAGAAGAUAGAUAUGACACAGCUUAACAAUGUAAAAUCUGGAGAAGAUCCUAAAGAAACCUUAACACAGGAUGAAAGAGAAGCAAUCAAUGCCAUGGAGAAGAUACUUGUUAAGGCUGAAAAAGCAAGAAAUUUACAGAAAAAGGCUGAAGAUUGUCCAGAGAGUUACUGUAGGAAAUUGGCUGCAUCAACACAACAGACAGAAUUGACAACAGAUGAAAGGGGGAAAGCAAAGGAUACCUCAUCUAAUGAAAGAAUAAAUUCCAUGAAAAAAGAUGAUGGCAAAAUGAAGACACAAAAAAAAUUCACUACUCAAAGACUUACACAAAUUGCAGAUACCAGAAAACCUGUGGGAAUUAAAAGACCUUUGUCAUCCAACAAAAAUUCUGUGAAGGCACCUUUUCAAACAAAUCCAAGCCUUUCAUUUCCUAAAAAAUCCUCAAACCAGGAGGCCAUGAUCAGGGGGACAAGAAGUAAGAAGUUUGUAUCAAAAGGUGGAACAACACUCUUAAAGAGAGCACCUACUGCUGGCCAGAUCAAGUCGGUCAGCGAGAGUCUCAGUGCACAGAACAAGACUGUGAAAACAGAAGUGAAGAAUCAACAAGAUGAAAGUUGUUCUGUGAUGGAAGAUAAAUUACCAGAGGACAUGACUCAAGAACAUGUAGAGAAAGCAGAGUCACCUCCUACUCACAACAAACCACCUAUAAGUCAGAACAAGUCUAGUCACUCAAGUCAUGCUGACUCGACAUCUGUACUUGUAAAGGGACAAACAGCACCUGGUGUUAAAUAUUCAAUUCCAACAACAAACACAAAUAAAAAAGAUGAUGAUACAGUUAACAGAUUUCUUUUGUUAAAAGAUGGAAAUAAUAUUGAGAUUCCAGGGAAACUGAGGAAGUUAGUCUCUGUGAAUCACAAACUGAGACAGAAAUUGUCCGUCAACAGAAUGACCAAAAAGGUGGAUUCUAGGAAGUCAGGGCAAGAUUUUAUUGACUCUGUAGAACAAUUGUUUGAGUUGGAUUCUGGCUACGAGGUGACUCUCACAGUGGAGAGAGUGGAGCGAGAGUACGAGGAACUACAGAAGACACUGGAGGGUCUGACAACAGAACUGUCUGAUGAUGAAACUCCUGCAUUUGAAGUGCUAAGAACAAAAAACAUGCUGGAAUUAGUUCUGACAAGAUUUUAUCAACUUCAAGAGGAAGUGUCCUUACAGAAUACAGAUCUCUGUCACCUGAAUCUUCCCAAAGUACGUCCUCAGAGAAGUCCCUCAGUCCCACGCAGCAGGUCAGCCAUGAUGUGGUCUGAGCAUAUAGAUAAAUAUACCUUACCUGCACUAAAUUACCGAGUACAGUACCACUCUCCCAGGCAGUUAGAGCGUUACCUCCAGCUGGUAUUCCAGCUUCAGUACAAACAACUUCUUAAUAAACUCCAGGAGGUUGUCCUCUCCAACAUCACAGAUCUAAUGGAGACUCCUGAUCUAAGCCCAGGUGAUUACAUGCAGUUGCUGAGGUCCUUGUGUUUUACAACCGACUCAAAAACAUAUCCUGUAGUUGUCAAGGACACCAUGGAUGGUUCUGUACAGUCGUCAGAUUGACUCAACUGAAGAUAUUUAGUUUAUUUGACUUGUUAUCCCUUUAUGGACAAUAUUU